AACUUCAUCCCAGUAAAGUUUAUUCUAGUUAGAAUCGUUUGUGUCACUGGAGCCGGAAUACUGGAACCAGCUGGAAUUCCGGCUAAUUUUCGGCUGAACUUUGCUGGGAUUUAUCAUAAGUUCAUUCGUAUCGUCAUCUUGUAAACUCAAUACUUACACUAGCAGAGAAAGGUUUUUUCCUCAUCUGAUCGCCGUUCUACAUAACUUUUGUCCGUUUAGCAUAAGCCUACUGACGGGUUGAAUAUAAUCAAAACAGAAAACAUAAAUCGUGUAUACAACUACUUACUGCAAUAAAAGAUGCAACUUUUCUGAACAUUAAAUUUUGUUGUUGAAAUUAUAAUUUUAACGGAUUGUGUUGUCAACUUGGAACAAUCUUUAGAACAGUAUGCCGUGUAUCGUCCCCAAUUGCGAUUCGAAAGGGCAAAGCUUCACCCUGCGCUUUCCCCGUAGUCAUUUCUUAUAUGAGCGCUGGCGAGAGGCAAUCGAAUUGGGCUCUGGCUCAACACUUCCGGCCGAUAUCGAUCCGCUGCAAGCGGAAAUUUGUCAACAGCAUUUCGAUGAAGUGGAUCGGUACAGUGAGCCGAUAAACUUUCGAAAUCGGAGCUUGGACCGAGACGUUCACCUAUCCAGUUGCAGAUUGUGUCUUCGCUUUGAUUUUGCCGAGAGGGUAGCACCUGUGUGCGGAGGACACCUAAUUGGGGAUAUUCCGAUCGAGGAAGUGCUGAAAUCUAUCUUCAAAAUUCAACUGGACAAUAAUUACGGUGUCUGUGAAGCGUGUCUUGUUCGGUUGGAUAUCGUUGUAACUAUACGCAAGCAAUUUGCCGAAAGCGCUAAAUGUUGGCAAAAGAUGGAUGUAUUUAUUAACGAGGAGAAUCGACUAAGGUACAGAAAGGCACUGAAAGCUGAAACUAUACGAGUUCCGAACAAAGUUAUGUCUGCAACUAGGGAAGAAAUGCAACAAGAAUCACGACCGAUAUCGCAAGUUGUGCAGGCGAUGCCAGUCAAACUAGAGACAAAGACAGAUUACACAAUGAAACCCUCAAAACUGGUUAAUACACCCUUACACGACGAGGCAUCCUUAGAGGAUAUUGAGCGCAAUGAUGGGAACAAUCAUCCUGUUUCGUCAAGAGAUGAUAAUUUUGUUCGUGAGGUAAAUCAAUCUUCGACAAUAGAAGAAACAAAAGUUACAAUGCGACAUAAAACUACAUCUAAAGAAAACUCAAUUGAGAAACGCGGUAUAGGAAGGCCUCGGAAAAAGUCCGCCAAAGUUUCAAAGGAGAAAGUGCAUCUCAAAGGAAUGACAGAGCGCAAAUGCUACAUGUGCGUUCAGUUGUUCCAAACAUCGGAAGAACUGUUUGCUCACAUGGUUGUGCACGUUGAUCAUGAUUUGACCUGUAAUGUGUGUAAUCAACCAUUUCCUAAUCUUACUAAAUAUAAUCGUCAUUUAGCGAAGCAUGAUUCAGUUGAACGACCAAUGAAAUGUGAUCACUGUGAACUAAGAUUUGCUGAUGGAUUAGGUAAACGGCGACAUGAAAAGCAACGCCAUAACAUCGAUCACUCGGUUACGGUUUUUAACUCGGUCAACAGCAAACGAAAAGGGAAAUACACGUGCCAACAUUGUGGUAAGCAGUGUUUAUCGUUAUCUUUUCUCAAAGAACACGAAGACGCCCACGCCGGUAUUAAACGACACGAGUGUAGAUCCUGCGGUCGCCUGUUUGCCAACAAAAACAAUCUCGAACGGCACCAUCUUAUCCAUACAUCAGAAAAGCCUUACAAAUGUCAAGUUUGUGGAAAAGCCUUCCGACAGUCCCCCAUGUACAAAGACCAUCUGCGAUUACAUUCGGGCGAAACGCCGUACGCAUGUAACGGUUGCGACAUGCAGUUUACAUCUACCACCCUGUUACGAAAACACAAAAUCCGCUUCCACGGAGCAAUAUCCACGCCCACGAAUAACAGUCUUUGUACGAUCCGGCCCCACAAUCACUGCCGCUUCUGCAUGAGCUCAUUCAAACGUCACUCGCUGUUGAUUGAUCAUAUCGAGCGGCACCAUCCGUACGAGGAAAUUGAGUACCUUCGAUGUCCCACCUGCGAGCAGCAAUUUGUCGUGAAGCAGGCGUUCGAACUUCACCUGCGCAACCACGAGAAAAACUUUCAAUGUGAGUUCUGUGAUAAAGCGUUCAGCACCCUGCAGGCGCUGAAAUUUCACCAGCCGAUCCACGACGGUAUCAGAGGUUAUUCCUGCAAGACCUGUUCGAAAUCUUUCACACACGUUGCCAACCUAAAGCGACACGAACUACUGCAUUUGGGAAUCAAGCGCCAUGAGUGCGAUUUCUGCGGAAAACGAUUUGCGCAGUCGAAUCAACUGCAUACCCACAGGAGAACACACACCGGGGAGAAACCGUACGAGUGUCAAAAGUGUGGCAAACGAUUCGCUGAUAAUAGCACACUUUGCAAGCAUAAGAAAAGUGUGUGUAAGCCGAUGUGAGGUACGUUUUUAUGUUUCAUUAUGUUAAAAUGUGUACCACAGCUUUCAAUAUAGAUAUCCCCUCUGUCCGUGUUGUAUAGAAAUGGCAGACAACCUCAACGCAAGCAUGUGAUGACUGCAUUAUGGCAUCUUAUGUCCGUUUUUGAACUCAAAGCUAAAAUAGAAUUUCAUCGUUACUAGUUGAUGUGUCAUAUUUCUACGGUCUUCACUCAGAUGUCAAGAUUUUUUCGGUAUGUCACUUAACAGUUACAACUGAAUAGAAUAACUACAAGGCAGUUUA